AUUCUCUUUUACUUCCUCUUUACUUUUUAUUUUUCCUUUUCUUGCUCUUUUUAAAUUUUCAAGCAACAAAAUAAUUAAGCUGUCGAUGAACUCGCCUAUAAAGGCGUCAAUCACCUGUAAAAGUGCAGCACUCGCCAUUUCCCUCGCGACGGUAGCAGGCGCAUUUUACUUGUAUAAAGAUCCACGCCAUUCCCGACGACGAUUCUUAACACGACUCUGGUUUCUAGUAUGCAAACGCGAUCUAGCAGAAGCCAAAUUAGAACGACAAUUAAUAUCUGAACCGGAACCGGAUAUAAUUGCAAAUCAUACACAAUAUGUAGAAAUCAACGGCCACAAGCUUCGCAUUGUUCAUAUCAUUCAUGAACUAGGAAGCCGAGUACCGUUAUUAGUAUUUAUUCAUGGACUAGGCGGCCAGGUGUCUCAAUGGCAAAGCCAGAUCGAAUACUUUUCACAGACCGCACACGUGCUCGCCAUCGACUUGCUUGGGUGUGGCAAAAGCGAAUUAAGUUAUGACUGGGAUUCCUAUACAACGGUUAGUCUAUCCAACGACGUGAUAAGUCUUCUGACGGAACGGUACCAAUAUUCCUCUACAGUCAUCAUUGCACAUGCUUAUGGAUGCUCGAUUGCAACCAAUGUGGCAGCUUCACCGGCAGUCCAACCGAGCCUUCGCGGUCUCGUGCUGAUCUCACCCAAGGCACGUAUUGAGGAACAGCAAGUUAAAAGCAAACGAACCCUUCGAUGGAUCCCAGACUGGAUGUUUGAAUGGGCAAGAACGGCGGAUCGAAAAGGGGGACUUCACAGUAAAAGUGUUGAACGGUUUUUGGGGUACGAUGUAGAGGAUCGACUCCGGCGAGAUCAGCUCCGAUGGAGUCUAUUAAAUCGUCCUUCAGCUUAUAAACGAUUCGUUUACGGUGCUAGUUUCCCUUCACGCCAAAAAUAUGAUGCUAUCAGAGCCGGAGUAUUAUUAGUUAGUGGUAGCGAGGAUAAAGUGACGCCGCCAAACGAUGUGAACGUGAUACGCAAUUUUCUUCUGGGGCUGGACCCGCAAGAGACAAAUUGGGAUAGCAUCCCUCAUGCGGAUAGCAUACGUGUACCUGAGCCCUACAUAAUACCCGACGUGGGUCAUAUGCCUAUGGUCGUUCAUCCAGAACUCGUCAAUCCAGUCAUCUCAGACUUUUUGAUCAAAAACUGUGGCCUCCAUACCCUUAGCGGUGCCUGGCAAGCUCAGCAUCGGACCAAAGGAGAAAACAAAUGGGAUCUGAAAAACUAUGAAAAGUGGAUGCGCACAAGUCCUAUCACAGAUGGACCGAUUGGACCUUCACUAUUUCGAGCCAUGAAAGUGAUGCGACAGACGGAUACGAAUCAUUGCCCCUCUGGAUUCUUGGCGAAAUACCCUGAAAUUGGCUUUAUCAUUGACAUCUCGAAUGACACGCCGCCUUAUCGGUCCAGUGAUUUCGAAGGUUCAAGAGUUGAAUACAUCAAAUUACGGACAGUAUCCAAAAUCCCGCCAGAAAAAGAUGAUGUUGCCAGGUUUAUCGAGAUCGCUGCCCAAUGUUGGGAAAAACGACCGGAUGCUCAGAUUGCAGUUCAUUGUCAUUAUGGAUUCAAUCGUACGGGCUUUUUCAUAUGCUGCUAUAUGAUCGAGCGGUUAAGUGUUUCUGUACCUGACGCCCUUCGAUAUUUCGCUGAUGCUCGGCCACCAGGGAUUAGGCACGCACAUUUUGUAGAUGAACUGUAUCUUCGUUACGUUUUAGCACAUCAACGAUCAUAAACGCCAAGAAAAAAGAAGCAGAGAAGCCCCCAUUCUCAUUUAAAAUCCACCAAGCAAUAUGAAAAACGACAACCAUUACAACCACAAUAAGUACAAAUCAACAUCAACAACAGCAACCGUGUGUAUAUUGAACAUUUCUGAGCAACAGCCCUUCAUUUUUUUCUAUAGUAGCAUAAUAAUUAGCACCCUUUUUCUUUUUACUUUUGUGAUUAAUAAGUUUUUUUUCGUAACAUUGACAAAAAGAAUAUUCUUUCGUCUUAUACUACAGAAAAGUUAGUAUAAUAACUACGGCUUACCACAUGUGAUACAGAACUGACAACAGAAUAGGAGGAGGUAUAACGAAACAUGGAUAUGCAUACGAGAUAAUAACCAUGCCAUGUUGGCAAAAUACAGGUGCUUUAUUACUCGAAUCAACGUCUACUCGGUUCCACUUUUACAGUGCCCAAGCGAUAACGUGAUCGCCUCGAUGUUAUCAAUUUAUCAAAUAGUUGAGUGAUAG